GGUCGACUUAACACGCUCGCGAAUCGGUAACGCUGCUCAGUAAAAAUCGCGAAAAGUUCAAAAAUCGGCGAAAAAGUUUAAGGCAAAAGACUCGGGUUUACUGCUUAAAGUUUUCGUUUAUCCUAAAUUAGUUUCGCGUUUAAGGAUAUAAAAUACCAAAAACAAAAAAACAUGUUGAAAUUUAUACUGGCCGUAUUAUUUCUCGUUGUCUCAUGUCUGGGCAGUCCGGUGAGCCAAACGCGUCGAUUCCCCAACGACUUUCUCUGGGGCGUCGGAUCAUCUUCAUACCAAAUCGAGGGGGGCUGGAACGCCGAUGACAAGGGGGAAUCGAUCUGGGACUUUCUCACCCACACACAUCCCGAGAAAAUAGCCGAUCAAUCAAAUGGUGAUAUAUCGGCGGACAGCUAUCAUCAGUGGAAACGAGAUGUUCAAAUGGUAAAGGAGUUGCAUGCAGGCACAUAUCGUUUUUCCCUGUCCUGGGCCCGAAUAAUGCCCGGUGGUUAUAUGAAUCACGUCAGCACGGCGGGCAUUAAGUACUACUCCAACCUGAUCGACGAACUGCUCCGAUACAAUAUUACCCCGAUGGUAACGAUCUAUCACUGGGAACUGCCGCAAAAGAUCCAAGAGAUGGGCGGCUGGACGAAUCCUGAGAUAAUACCGCUUUUCAAAGAUUACGCUCGUCUGGUUCUGGAAAUGUAUGGCGAUAGAGUGAAAUUGUGGACCACAAUCAACGAGCCAUGGCAUGUGUGCGAGCACGCCUAUGGGGUAGACUAUAUGGCACCAUCGUAUAAUAACCCAGGCAUUCCCGCCUAUCUAUGUGGUCACAAUUUGCUGAAGGCCCACGCUGAGGUGGUGCACAUGUAUCGGGAACUCUUCCAGUCGCGUCAAGGUGGUCGCAUUGGCAUUACCUUAGACACAUCCUGGCCAGAGCCCAAGGACCCAAAUUCUGCCGAGGAUCGCGAAGCCUCCGAGCGAGCCAUGCAGUUCUAUGUGGGCUGGUUUGGCCAUCCCAUCUUCUCCAAGCACGGCAACUAUCCCAAGGUGAUGAUCGAGCGGAUUAGGAAUCUUAGCAAGGAGCAGGGCUUUGGAGUACGAUCCAGACUGCCUGAGUUCACCACGGAGGAGAUCCAUCGCAUCCGAGGCACCUCGGAUUUCUUCGGCAUCAAUUCGUACACCAGCAACCUGGUCAUAUCAAAUGGACAUAACAAUACCGGCAAGUUCCCGAUUCCCUCUUUCAACCAUGAUAUGGGUGUUGUGGAGAGCCAGGAGGGCGUCGACUGGCCUGGUUCGGGAUCCGUUUGGCUUAAGUCCUAUCCCAAGGGAAUGUACAAUCUGUUGAAGUGGAUACACAAGGAGUACAAUGGACCCGAGAUAAUUGUCACGGAGAAUGGCGUCAGUGAUCGUGGUGGUCUGGAGGAUUACGCUCGUGUGGAUUACUAUAACCAAUAUCUCUCGGCUGUGCUGGAUGCCAUUGAGGAUGGUGUGAAUGUCAGUGGUUAUAUCGCCUGGAGUCUGAUGGACAGCUAUGAGUGGAAGGCUGGCUUCACGGAGAAGUUUGGUCUCUAUCACGUGGACUUCAACUCGCCGGAACGCACAAGAACUCCCAAGAUUUCGGCGCGUGUCUUUGCCCAGAUGUGUAAGACCAACACCAUCGACUGGAGCUACAGACCCAAGCUCGAUGAGGAGCAGCAACUGGUGGCCAUGGCUCAGUUGCCGGCCGAGGAUCGAGUGGCCAGAACUAGUGGUGCUAGUGGAGCCGUCAGUUGGAGUCUAACAGGUCUUCUUCUCCUGGCCCUGUUCAAAUAAGCGAUAAGACGAGAGGAAGAGCCUUGCCAUACUCAACUUGUCGCAUUGUCAAGUAUUGAUUGCUACUCGUAGCCAUAAGUUUGUCUAACCAUCAUUGUAAUAUAUUAUUUAAAUUUAAUACAUAUUACAUAUGUACCUAUAGAUGUUGUAAUUUGUAAUUAGGUUUAAAGACUCGAAACUGAAUAAAACCUUUUUGUGAUAUUAAAA